AUGCUGCAGUCGCUGGCGGGCAGCUCCUGCGUGCGGCUCGUAGAGCAGCACCGCUCCGCCUGGUGCUUCGCCCUGCUGGUGCUGGGCUACCUGCUCUACCUGGUAUUCGGCGCCGUCGUCUUCUCCUCGGUGGAGCUGCCCUACGAGGACCUGCUGCGGCAGGAGCUGGGCAAGCUGAAGCAGCGCUUCCUGGUGGAGCACGCGUGCCUGUCGGAGCAGCAGCUGGAGCAGUUCCUGCUGCGGGUGCUGGAGGCCAGCAACUACGGCGUCUCGGUGCUCAGCAACGCCUCGGGCAACUGGAACUGGGACUUCACCUCCUCGCUCUUCUUCGCCAGCACCGUGCUCUCCACCACGGGUUAUGGACACACAGUGCCUUUAUCUGAUGGAGGGAAGGCCUUCUGCAUCAUCUACUCGGUCAUCGGGAUCCCCUUUACGCUGCUUUUCCUGACAGCAGUGGUACAGCGCAUCAUUGUUUACGUCACCAGGCGGCCUGUACUCUAUUUCCACAUUCGCUGGGGUUUCUCCAAGCAGAUUGUUGCCAUCAUCCACGCUGUAGUCCUUGGGUUCAUCACUGUCUCAUGCUUUUUCUUUAUCCCAGCGGCAAUUUUUUCUGUUCUGGAAGAUGACUGGAAUUUUUUGGAGUCUUUUUACUUUUGUUUCAUUUCCCUGAGCACUAUUGGCCUAGGAGACUAUGUGCCAGGAGAAGGCUACAAUCAAAAGUUCCGAGAGCUGUAUAAAAUUGGAAUUACAUGUUACCUCUUGCUGGGCCUCAUUGCGAUGUUGGUGGUUCUUGAGACGUUCUGUGAACUCCAUGAGCUCAAAAAGUUUAGGAAGCUGUUUUAUGUGAAGAAGGACAAGGAAGAGGACCACGUGCAUAUAAUGGAACAUGACCAGCUCUCUUUCUCCUCCAUCUCAGACCAAGCAGCCUCCAUGAAGGACGAUCAGAAGGCAAACGAGCCUUUUGUGACUUCCCAGUCCCCAACUUCCAAUGACAGCUCUCUAAACAAUUAAUACAGGGGCACACACAACAUUGUUUUGGUGCAUAUAUGCUACUUACUAUAAGAAAUAGAAUGUAUCUUUUAUUUUCCUGAAAACAUUGAAGCUGGAAGACUGUGCUAUUUUAAACAAAGAUUCAUCACUUCUAACAUAGGAAGGACUUCUGGGGAAAAGUGUGGGAGCCACCCUGGGAAUAGGGAAAGAAAUGCAGGAUGUGACUGGGAACAUCAGGCCAUUUUGCUUGAGAGAUAAAGAGGUGGGAAUACCACUUUCAGAGGUACCAGAGAGAAAGGCUCAGACAAGCAACUUCAUCUGUCUUUAGGAGAGCAGGGCCUUCACUGAAAUCCAAGUCAUCUGAUUGCAUGCCCUGACUUACAGCUGGGUGAAACUUUGCAAUAUGUACUUUAUCUCAGAAAGGUAGUCUCAGAUUUAUUCCAAACACACCAAAUAUCUUCAUCUGGAAAACAUUUCCAGAGCAGUAUCUGUAAACCUGCUGGAGAGGAGUGUCUAGCUGAUCCAUUACCCAGUAAGUUGCAUGUGCAAACAAUAAUGCUAGGAAUGAAAAAGCAGGUUUCCAUCCUCUGCCCAGGCCAUUUGCAUUCAAAUUUCCUACUUCCUUAAUAUGUCCCCUAAUCACAGGAAGAAUGUUGUCCUGAAGAGAAUGUGCCUUGAGUCUUCCAUGCUGUUUUGCUUUGUAAAAAAUACUUAUGUAAACUCUGAGAGGUCGCAGGAGCCAUUUGAAAGUGCUGGAUAAUAGGGCUGCAGGGAAAGGAGAGUCCUCUUCCCUUUGGAAUGUGUAGGAAUGUUUUGGGUUUUUUGGCUGAAUGGAACAAAAUGAAAAGGGGAACUGAAAUUCAACAUAUGCCAUAUUUGUCAUAGUCAACUGCUUUAAGCAUUUCUCCUAGAUAAGGGUUGAAGUCUUAUGAGCAGAGUAAGGGCUCAACUCUGUUUCAUUUACAGUACAGCCCAGCAGGCAUCUGGAGGAAUAGAAGUAGAGUCAUCUUUGAGCACAGCCCCUUUUUCUUUAUUUGGUUUUCUAGCUAGUACUCAGAGCACUUUGGAGGAGAAUGGAAUGUUUCCAGACAAUUUUUCAGUUUUUCAUAUGGCAAGAAAACAGGAAAAAUGUCAUUUUGGUUCAGAUGGAACCGGAUGGAACCGAAUUUUUUUCCCCUUGGGAAAAGUCACUACAGAGUCAAGAUCCCAUCAACUUCUGAAGCUGGAACCUCUUUGGCUGUAACAGGAGAGGCAUUUUACUCCAGCUACCUGUCACUGUGCUGAAUGCAGGGACCUCAAAGUGAAUUUCAGGGAGCAGGAGAUGAGACUAAGUGGUGACAGUACUCUCUUCUGGCCUUAAGAAUCUACAAAAUGGGAAUCUCGGUAAUGUUUUGCAAUGAAUAAAAGAUCUGGAGCACAAAUAGCCAUAUUAGGACAACCUCCCACAUAGGAAUAGUGUAGAAGAGAGCCUUUUCCCUGCAGUGCAAGCAUGACAGAUUGCCUGUAAUUUGGCUUGUAGUGUUUAGAGCUGAAGAAUAUUUUACUGUAAAAGAAAAAAAAAAUGCAGCUUGUCUAGAAUUAGCUCACAUGGGAAAAAUACUUGAAAGUAAAUAACCCAAAAUAUUCUGUGUUUGAGCUUGAUUAUAGCUAGCAUCAAACCAAUUUUAUAUCUUUACUGGAAAAAACAUACUUUAUGGCUAAGCUAACUAAAAGUCUUCAAUUUAUAUUUGUAGAAAAUCAGAGCUAAAGGUUGUUGUUUUGGGUUUUAUAGAUUAGGUGAGAGCAUACUGUGUUUGCAUGUUCCCAGGAGAGUGGCUAUUUUUAUACUGCUUAAGUUAACAGUUCUAUUUAUAACAAAUGUUAAUCAAUAUAUAUGUACAUAUAUACAUAAAUAUAUUUAUAUACUGUACAUAUAUCAUAAAUCACCAGAGUUUAAUCAAUUUAGGCACAGCAUUUUAGAUUUUGUUUUCCUAGGUUUCUCUUUAUACAGUGAAUAAUAGGAAACUAUGGCAUAAAAUAAAACUGGCAUAAAAAUAAGCAUACUGUACCACAAGAAAUAUUGAUACUGUUUUGGUUUUUUUUUUUUUUU